AUGGAGGGCACCACCGGAAGUCGAGGUGGGGAGGGCAAUACCACCUUGUUGAGCACCACAGCAGCGGUCGAGUUCAAUGCCGAAAGUUGGUUUCAUCAGCUGCCCGUCGAGGCGCUGCUCAAGGUGUUUGGGCUGCUGGCGCGAGACGACCUCCUGCGUGUGGGCGCCGUGUGCCGCGCGUCCCUUCUUCUCUCCGAGGAAGUGGACGUUCGAGCAGCAGACUUUGGAGCGUACGGGGAGAGGGAUAAGCGAGGGCGCGCUGUGCUGGUGAGCGAAGACAGAAGCCAACUGAGUCUCCUCUCCGUCCUCGACGACAUGCUGCGCCCGUUGCCCCUCCCCGCCGCUGGCCGCUGCCGCGUGGAGCAGUUCGCGGGCCAUGGCGCGCUUCUGGUCUCGGUCGUCAGCCUCAACAGCGGGAGCGCAUCGGAGACGCGGAUCGGCUACGUACAUGACCUCGCACGCCCUGCACGCCCCUUCCUGCUCGGCGGCAACCACAUCGGCUCGACGUCGUACUUCGACACCGUGACGUGUCUCAGCGUCAACCAGGAUAGCCGGCUCGUGGCGUUCGGGCACCGGGACGGCCGUGUAGACUGCUUCGCAUUCCUCCUCCCCGCAGCCGACGAUGACGACGGCGACCGCCAGCCGCUGGCGGGCGUCGUGUCGCUCGAGUUGGACCCCUCCCUGUCACGCCCACGGGGCCGCGCCCGCCUCAGCACCGUGCAGAUCUUGGCCUGCGGCGCUGCCGGUGAGAGGAAUGUCGACAACCAAAGCGACGACAGCGACGACGUCGCCACGCAGAGCGUGCUGGUCUGCGGCUACACGAACGGAAGAAUCGAGGUGGUGGUGCCAUUCGACGGCGGCGAGGCCAGUGCUUCGACAGCCACAACAGCUACGAAGAGGUUCUGCCUGGAGGAGGGCAGCACGGUGGCGUGGGUUCGCGCCGAGCGAGACCAGAUCCUAUGCGCCUGUCGGUCGCUCGUUGCGCUCAGCUCCGAGUCGCUCCAUAUUCUGGAGCGGGAGGACAAGAGCGCCGCCGCGUACGUCGACGGGUGGAAGCAGCGCUGCGUGCUCCGCCCCAGCAAGGGCGCCAUCGUCGCCGCGCACUCGUCGAGGGCGUCCGACAGCGUGGUCAUCGCCUUUGCCUCUGGGGUCGAGGUGUGGAGCAAGGCCUACGAGAGCAGGUUGGUGUCGGCGUCGCUGGGCGAGGGUCCGGUGCUGAGCAUGCACAGCAUCAGCAGCGCCUCGUCGCCGCUCAAGGACGACCACUGGGUCCUGGCGCUCACCACCCGCGCCCUCCACCUCAUGCGCCUAUGCCACGGCCGCGUGGACAAAAAGGGCACAGGCCGCGACCACCACCAUCAGCCACCCCUGCGGCGCGUACACGCUGACAUGCACGCGCGCACCCGGACCUUCAACAGGCUCUUCACCUCCUGGAUGGCCACGCAACGUACCGUCAACAAUGAUAUGGUGACAAAAUGA